AUGCCGAGACUUCGUAGGAGAAAGUAUACGAUUAAGGGUCGUCAACAAAUAACCAAUUUCAAGAGCCAUUACUCCAUCCCUUCUGAGGUCGGUGUAAAUGAGUUCAUUUUUGGACUCCAUAGUGCCGAUAGAAGACAUCCCUUUUUGCUAUACUUUGGUGAGGGUGAUGCCCCAACAGAG